UCAAAUAACAAAAAAGAAAAAAAGAAAAAGAAAAAAAGAAAAAGAAAAAAAAAAGUAUAAAGUUCAACAAUUGCACUUGGCAAAGAAGAACAUCAACAACGGAACACAGAGAGAGAAAGAGACUCCUCAAAGCUUCACAGAGAUCGCAACGAACAACACAACACUCCGUACGAGCUUUCCCUAUUCUCUGUCAUCACUCAUCAGUUCUUCAGUUCAAGAAGGCUUGUUCUAGAACUGAUACCAGGGACACAAUUUGCUUGAUAUAGCACCAAGUUUUCAUCAACGUUGGUGUUGAGAAUCUUGAGAGUAAGGAGCAAUCCAUGUGCUAGAACAUACAGAAUUUUUGUAUAAAGCAGACUGUUCAUGGUUUCGGUCAUUUUCAUAGCAUAGUCCAAUCUUGGUGAAACAGCAUGGAGGAUAUUGAGUUGUUAGAUAUCAGUUGGGAGGACGUUGUCUGUCCCAUAUGCUUAGAUUUCCCUCAUAAUAGUGUGCUCCUUCAGUGUUCAUCUUAUGAAAAAGGAUGUCGUCCUUUUCUAUGUGACACGAACCAUCUGCACUCUAAUUGUUUGGAUCGUUUCAAAAGUGCUUGUGGUAUGUCAUCAUCUCCAGCACUUGAUGAAACUUCUGUAGAAAGUAAUGUUCCAGUGGUGCCGGAUGCUGCCAUAGAAAAUAAUGAGCAAGUGGCACCAGAUGGUCGAUGCAAGCUGAGUUGUCCAUUGUGUAGGGGUGAGGUUUCUGGGUGGAUUGUUGUUGACAAGGCUCGUUCGCAUCUUGAUGAGAAGAAACGUUGCUGUGAUGAGGUGAAAUGUAAAUUCAUGGGAAGUUACUUGGAGUUACAGCAACAUGCUCAACUUGAACAUCCUCAUGCCCGUCCGUCAAAAAUAGAUCCCGCUCAACAGCUUGAUUGGGAGAAUUUCCAACAGUCCUCUGAGAUUAUAGAUGUUUUGAGCACUAUUCAUUCAGAAACCCCGAGGGGCGUGGUUUUGGGAGAUUAUGUGAUUGAAUACGGGGAUGAUGAUUCUAGAGAUGAGUUUGAGGACUUCCCUGGAGAUGAUGGCAAUUGGUGGACCUCUUGUAUAUUGUAUCAAGUCUUUGACAACUUCAGAAGUUCAAGAAAUAGAAGGAGGGCAAGAGUAGGUGAUACCAGAAGGAGUAAUCGCCGUUUAAGUUAUGAUACUUCAAAUUCAGAUGAAGGUUCUGUUGUAUCCUUGGAGUACAAUGACUAUGGGCUAGAUGAGAUUGAUGAUGAUUUUGUUAGUACAAGGGGCCCCUCAAGGGGUAACCGUGGUUACGGCAGAUCGCAUAGGCGCCGAUCACGCUUCUUUGAUAAUUAGACUUCCUUCUGGCUUGAAAGAACGCAAUAAUGGUGAUAAGGAGCCUUUUUGAUCCAUUCCCUUUAAAGUUAGUUAUGAAAUUAAGGGAAAUGGAAGUAGUGGCAGGGGGCAUGGUGAGCAAUAACAAUUAUUAUGUGUUAAAACCAUGCAAAGAUUACUUUUUAGAUCAUCUUUUUGCACUUUGCACUGAGAUGUGCUAAGUUGGGAAACUUCUAUGAAUUUGACAGUUCCAUUUUGUCACAUAUUCAAAAAGUUUCUUUUAUGCUUUUAGCUUUGAAGUCACAUUUGUUUGCUGAAUCUAAGUGGAACACAGUUUGCUAGCUAGUGAUUAGGCUACAAUUCUGCCUCUUAACUAUAAUUUUUUAUUUUACUUUACCUCUUAUUUGUAUAUAUUCUCAAUUGAUUGUGGA